AACUUAUUCGUUUUUGUAAUGGCGGCCAUCCCCAUUCUGCACAGGACGUUACGUUGCUUUAUAUGGCGAUUCCUGUUCCAUUUGGCUACGUGUGGACGGUUUACUGCUGUUGGAAGAAGUACCACGUAUUAGAGUUCAGAAGCAGAAUGUCAAGUUUUCCAAGAUAUUCGAGCUAAACUGUUUUGUGACUGGCCCAGGCACUGAUAAUGCCAAGCAGGUGGGAUCGAGUGAGAUGGCCAAGCACCUCCUGCACCUGGCUGAACAAGUUGCCUCGACAGGGAGAACCUAAACAUUGCUGAGUGUCUGGAGGUGGAGAAGGGCAGUGCUGGCAAUGUCCGGUCUAUGCCAGCUAUGCCCAUAAGGAAUAGAAACUUCCAGAUUAUUGGUGAGUGUGGUGGUGUUGCCAAGAUCAUCAACAAACUGAAUGGGCAGCCCUUCGAUGAGAAUGAUGAGCAGCUUUUUGAGGCCUUCACCAUCUUCUGUGGCUUAGGCAUCAACAACACACUCAUGUACAAUGAACUGGAGAAAGCCAUGGCCAGGCAGAAGGUGGCCAUUGAGGUGUUGUCAUAUCAUGCCACAGCUUCUGGUGAUGAGGUGGUUUGUCUUCAGCGUGAGGUCAUUCCAGACGCCAGCAAGUGGAAUCUCGGCUCCUUGACCUUCGAUGACUUCUCGCUGACUCAGGACCAGAUGACUCUGCUGCGCUGUCUCAUCACUGUCAAGAGGAACUAUCGGAACGUCACCUACCACAACUGGAGACAUGCCUUCAAUGUCGCCCACAACAUGUUUGCCAUCAUGAAGACGUGCAAUGUGAUGUCCAGCUUUGAGGAAGUGGAGUGUCUGGCGAUGUUUGUUGGGUGUCUGUGUCAUGACCUGGAUCACCGUGGCACCAAUAACUCAUUUCAGGAGAAGUAAG